CACAAAAGUAGAUUGUAACAAUCUCAGUUCCUAUGUGGUAGAUGGCUUCCAAUUAUUUGGUCCCAUGAACUAAUUUCCCUACUGUAUCUCAUUUCUUCCAUUUUGUAUGAUGAGACACAUUCCUCAACGUGUCCAUUACCUAGGUCACCCACUUAGCUUCCUCAAACUUCCAUGCCACCUCGUUUACCUAGUUGGACACCUAUGUUUACAAUUGCUUUAACAAGCUGAAUUGUGCACUCAUCCAUGAUCAGUACGUGUGCCACCUAAACAUGCACCCAAGUUUAUAUAAUCACUUUUUCCUCCAGAAGAUUCGAUUGGCAUGAAGAGUUAACAUUCCACCAUUGAUAUUACUUGCCCUUUUUUAAUUCUUCUUCUCACAACUACUCCCCCACUUUAAUCAUGACUAUGAACACAUUUAUCACCCCGUCCAUUCCAUACCUAAACCCCACCCUCCAAUAGCCAUUUAACUAUGCAUGAACCUCCACCUCUAAACAUAUAAUCCACGGAAAACCCCCACUCCACUUACUACCUCAAAUCAAAGCAUUACAUCCACUGAUUUCCAUGUAUAUAUCCUCCCGAUUACUCAUUAUCAUUUUGGCACAGCCCGAGGGAAGUAAUUAAUAAUAUCAUAAUCAACACAACCAUGAAACCCAAAUUGACGCAUGAAGAAAGGAUCCGAAAGCACAAGAUGCUUACUCUGAAGGCCCAGCGAUCCUCCGCAGCACAGAGAAAGGCCAGCGGCUGCAGUUUGGACGGGUUCCUGCUACUCUAUCGAUCGGCCUCGACCCUAGCGUCCACCACCACCUGCGUCCAACUCGAUCGUACCCGGCUGAUCAUCGAGCUGCUGAGAUGAGAGAAAAGGCUGGUGGGUUUAUUCUUUAUGCAUGAUAGGGGGUUGGGGAAGGGUUGAGGGCGGCGGAUUCUCUGCUGCGGGAGGCUUGAGGUUUUCUUCGCUUGGGGAAGGAAAGCAGAGAGGCGGCUGGUUUCUAUUUGAUGGCGUUUGGGAAUUAAAGGAGAGCGGCUGGGGAUUUAAGUUGUGGAGGGCGGCUGGGAUGUAAUUACAUGAAGGGGCCGUUUGGCCCCAGGUCGAGUAUACCCUUUUUUUUUUAAUAAUAAUAAUUAUAAUAAUAACAAUUAUUAUUAUUACUAAACCGCGAGAAAUCCUUAGUACGUAAUCGUUAAUCCAACCGUUCACGUAUUAUGGUCGAACCUGAACCCAAAGGUCGGGGUGUUACAUUUCCUCCACCCUUAUAAAAAUUUCGUCCCGAAAUUUGCUUGAAACUCACCCUUGUAUCAUUUAAUAUUUCCUCAGCUAGUCGCAUUCGUGUAACCUUGAGUGACUCCCUACCCUUUUUGUUUCACAACUUGAUCCAGAAGUGAUGAAACAAAAUGCUGAUUUGACUGGACAUGUUGACCGAUUCUUUAGGUAGUUGUUGUUGAACCCACGUCCAGAAUCGAGAUGUCACAUUUCCCCCUUCCUAAAGAAAAAUUUCGACCUCGAAAUUUGUUUAUCUUGAUAACCCAAAGUCCCACUAGAGGUAAUCCUUCCACUACAGGAAUUUAUAUUUCAUUUACCUUGUCCAACCUUGAGCUAUGACUCCUUUCCUCCUAUUUGUGUGAUUCUUGGCCAACUAAUUACUCACCCACUUCUCAUAAAUCUCUUGCUCAAGCUAGUUACUCGCUCAAUGCAUCUAUGGUACUAUGGCACUCUUCCUUCUUAAACGCCAUUGAUACUAUAAUGGUUUCGUACUUCACGUUGUUCUCAGCGGUUUGUCUUGGGUCUCUACUCCGGAUUUCUUAAGAAACAUUACAGAAAUAAGUCCUUAGACAAACCUAUUCAGGACAUGACCCGUCGUAACUUCAUUUCAUAAGGUGCUCAAAUCUUGAACUACUACGCUUUCCAUAUAUUGACUGUUGACAUCUCAACUUGAAUUCCCUAACAUCGAUGUCCGUAGCGAAUGUUUGACUUGGUUAAUGGCUUACUCAUAGAUCGCUCCCCUAUGUAGACCUCAUUAUUACCCUGUUUGGUAGCUCCCCUUGAUGCACAACUUGAUGCCUGAUUCACCAUAUAUGGUUCCUUUAGCAUGGGUUAAUCCCUACACACCCCUAUUGAUAUCCGUACUACCCCUUUUUAAUUCUAAGGUUACUGAUGGCGGCUUAACCUCCUUCUGGUUAGAUCACAAAAACUCUUAUAACAUAACCUCGACUGUGGUUGACCACGUAGGUCACCUAGGUCCUUGUACCUUCUAACUUUAAAUCUCUUACCUUCCUCCAAGAUGCUUCGUCUCUCCCUUUAGCCAUCAUUUGAAUGGUCAUAUCCUCGUUACUUCUUGCUUCACCCUGAAACCUCACACUACUGCUUUUGCUUCCAGUAUGCAUUAAAGGCAUUGUUUGCAUCUUUCUCUAGCUUGCUAACAACUUUAUAACUCCCUUCAAGAGUCAUGACCUUCUCUUUGGCUUACUUGUUCACUCCUGGCGCCUAACUUAGCACUUCCUUAUCACCGUCUGAAUCUGAGACUCUCGCACUAUCCAUUAUGCUACUCUUAAAUCCUAUCUGAAAUUCCUCGUACGGUCUCCCUGUCCGAUAAGGUUUUACCCGAGUGAUUGACACCUUUUACCAACAUAGGCGAUCUUGGUUUCACUUUGGGUAUCCUAGCAGGUUCCCUAAACUCAUAUCCAUCAUACUUCUUUAGUCGUGACUCCUCUUACCGAUGUUUCUCGCUAAUUCUAUAUGUCCCUCGUCCUUGAUGUAGUCAUCUUGGUGCCCAUAUUCUCUUCUCACUUAUGUACCUUGACCGAUAAGGUUUUCCCUUCGACUGUUCUGGACCACCACACUUCUACUUUAAAGUUGACCAUUGAGCUUCUCCGUUCUUGAUGGGCUUCCUAUGGUCCAACUUAUUCUCCACUGGCAAUCACCUUAACGCCUCCUUGUUGACCUUCAUAUUCUUUCGCCGGCUCUUCCUAACUAUCUUUCUCCUUGAAUUUGUCGUUUUAUCAACUACCACCCUUUUCACCAUAACUUUCAUUAUAGCUUGCGGUUUCCUCCUUACUUCCACAACUCCUUCAUCGAUGCUUUGGUACUAGAUUUUGAUCUACUCAGUUUAGUAGCUCCUCGCCAUACCUCAGCGCCAACAUUUCCGCUAGAAACUUUCUCUAGGUAGACUUGACAGAUGACACCCACGACUUCUACUCACGAUGGUGCUUGACCACGUCCCAACUAUCUUCCUUCACGCAUUCCUUGUCCGGUCGACAACCACUCUUUUUAUUUUAUUUCCUAUAGCUUCCUAUGAUGUUCUCCUUGCUCCUUUGCUUUUACUACCUUCAAACUACAACUCUUCUGUUGUUGCAUGUACUAUAUUUGGUCACCAACCUCUGUUGAGGAUCGUCUCGUUAUUGUUUUAGGUCACAACUUCCAAUGGUGGCUUACCCUUGGUAACCUUUAACAUGGCUCAUUCCAUGUCCCUCUUGUUGAUCGAUCUUGUACAUAAACUUAGUCUCUUAGUUAGGAUUCUCAGUGGCUUAACUAAGCGUGCCCAUUUCAUCCUUAACUAGUUGUCUCCUCUGGAGCCCUCCUACUAUGUCGCGCCCACUCAGAGUGGGGCACCUUGGAUAAGGUAACUUCUCUUUUUCCGCCUUCUCGGUAAUGCUUUCCCUCAUCGUACCUCUUUGUGCAACUACUUGACCUCGAGUCACCUGAGACUUGACCCAUUGACUUCUUGAAAUCUCGUCAAACUCCCUCUGGCCUUUUUGCUCUUCCUUGGUAUUGUUCGCAAACUCUCUUUAUUACGACCGUUUAGACUCUUCCUCGAAUUCUCCAACCUUCAUUAGAACUUCUAAUGAACGUUUCUACUUGCUUGUCUAUACCCGGUUGAUUGAAUGAUUUACUCCUACGGCUGGUUCCGAGACUCACGCUCUUGGCCCUCUAGUUCCCAAUUUAGACUUUCCCAAUGGAUUCCUUGAAAUUCCACGAUUUUCUGAUUCUCCUUGAUCAUGGUAAUUUGCAGGGUCUCUCAACCCCUUCUCAUACCUUGUCCUCUAGCUUGCGCUUGACAGGUGUAUAGCAUGCCUGAUCUAACCUCAACCUCUACAUCAUUUAUCUCGUUGCUUGUCUUGUUCCUUUUAAAGGCUUGCCAUCAGCCUAACUCCCCAGGGUUAAGUACCCUCUUCUCCAGUUACGUGGUUUAUCUAUAAGGGUUCCUUCAUCGUUAUAUGUAAACGACCAUGCCUCAUCUUCGCCUUGACUUAUUGACUUCUUGACGUCCUUUCAUACUCCUUAUAACCUACUUAUUUCCCCCUUUGCUUCAUUUACACUACCCUAGCUUCUCUUGGAGUCUAAGAUUUUCACUGCUCCUUGUCACUAUGUUGUAAUAGCGCUGACCACCAAAACUAGUUGAGGGACUUCUCGUGGUACCUCUUCAUUUCUUGGCUCGUUGCUUCCUCGCCACUGCUUAGGGUCAAGGAACCUGAAAUUCUCCCAUCAUUAUAGCUAACAUCUAGUGAUUGUUCCUCUUCCUUUGGAGAUUCAUAGUUCUCCCCUUUGUUUGUCUUAGCUUAUUAGAUCAUCCACUUGUUUCCUAGUAGUAAAAUCCUCGUACUACUCUCUCAACUCCUUCAAAAUCCUUGAGGUAUUCCUUUUUAAUUGGCACCUCUUUGCUGGUGUUUGGAGUUGAAGUCCUCGCACAUUUGAUUCUACCUCCAGAGACCUUUGCAACGUUCCUCCUUCCUUCUCUAGGUUGAUGAGGAUGAUCUGUUUGCUAAUGUCCGAGUAGUUGGUUAACUACUUGAAAAACUACUAUCCAUCAUGUCGAUGAGAUACUUAGUAUUGAGAGCCUUUGAGAUUCUACUUGGGUUGGUCACGUUUCUUUUAUCCUUUCUUUCUUACUGAUGAUCGCAAUACGCCUCAAUCUCUUAUUUGACGUCCCACGACGGGUUAACUUAACUCGCGUCCAAGCUUAUUCUUAAACCAAUUGCACCCUCCUGCUACCUCCUCAUAGUGACGUGCUGUAAUAGUUAUUCACCUUACUAUGAUUAGAGUAGACUGGAGAUCCUAUAAACUCUUAAAAGAAGAUCCUUGACUCAUUUUCCUUUCAUUUAAAACAACACCUUUAAAAACUGAACCCGACAUUCCAGUAUUCCUUCGAAACCAAGGAACAGAGGAAGACCGGCUCUGAUACCAAAAUGAAACACCCUAACCCGGCCGGGUACUAGUUUUACUAAAAUGCCCUUGAUAAAUAAAAUACUCAAAUCUUA